CUUCUCCCUUAGUAUCGCCCCCCAAAAAAUAAAAAUCCCAGGGUUUAAAUUGCUGGUUUGAGCUUUGUCCCGGGGCAGCUCAAUUUUCACACCUUACAAACACAGAAGCAGCCGGCCGGGACAAGGCGGGCUGUGUUGAAUCUGCCGCGCGGGAGUCUCCACCGCGGGCUCCCUUCGGGAAUGUGCUGCUGUGGAUACCAAGGAUACGUAAAAACAGGGAAUAAGCGAGGAGGUCCCGCUUUAAGGCAGGCGGGUUAACGCGUGCCUGUGCUUUGUGGUUUAUUUUCUUUUUCGAUCGCGGCGUCCCGCCCGGCGCCGCGGGCGGUGCCGAAUGUGCGGCGCUGAAGCGCCAGGCCCGUAAACAGCGGGCGGGCGAGGCGAUGGCGGCGGGCGGGCUGGCGGGGCUGCUGCCCGCACAGACACAGCUCGAGUACGCGCUGCUCGACGCCGACACCGCCCAGGAGAAGGAGAACCUGGUCUACCAGUACCUGAAGAAGGUGGACAGCCGGGAGCGGGACCUGACGGUGCCCGAGCUCGGCGGAGAUCUGCAAUGGUUAAACACUGAAGGUCCUAUUUCUCUUCACAAAGACCUUUGUGGAAAAGUUGUGGUGUUGGAUUUCUUUACUUAUUGCUGCAUCAAUUGCUUGCACCUGCUGCCUGAUCUCCACGCCUUAGAGCACCAGUACUCUGAUAAAGAUGGUCUUGUUAUUGUUGGUGUCCAUUCAGCAAAAUUCCCAAAUGAGAAGGUUCUGGAUAACAUUAAAAGUGCCGUUCUGAGGUAUAAUAUUGUCCACCCUGUAGUAAACGACGCAGAUGCAACACUGUGGCAUGAACUAGAAGUGUCCUGCUGGCCAACCCUGGUCAUCCUUGGGCCUCGUGGAAAUAUGCUGUUUUCGCUUGUUGGAGAGGGACACAGAGAGAAAUUGUUUUUAUUUACUUCUAUAACACUGAAAUUCUACAAGGAAAGAGGACAAAUCAAAGAUAACAACAUUGGAAUAAAGCUGUACAGAGACUCCCUCCCGCCUUCUCCUCUGCUGUUUCCUGGCAAAGUGACUGUAGAUAAUUCAGGAGAAAGGUUGGUAAUAGCAGACACUGGACACCAUAGGAUUUUGGUUACUCGUAAAAAUGGACAAAUUCUACACACUAUUGGAGGUCCUAACAGUGGAAGAAGAGAUGGAAAAUUUUCAGAGGCAGCUUUCAACUCACCACAAGGAAUUGCUAUAAAAAAUAAUGUUAUUUAUGUAGCUGAUACAGAAAAUCACCUAAUUAGGAAGAUUGACCUGGAAUUAGAGAUGGUGACCACUGUGGCAGGCAUUGGGAUACAAGGUGUUGAUAAGGAAGGUGGAGCAAAAGGAGAAGAACAGCCCAUCAGCUCUCCGUGGGAUGUGAUCUUUGGAAGUUCAACUUCAGGAACCCAGGAAGAUGAUGUUUUAUGGAUAGCAAUGGCAGGCACCCAUCAGAUAUGGGCACUGAUGUUGGAAGAUGGAAAACUACCAAAGGGAAGUGAUUUAAAGAAAGGAGUCUGCCUUCGAUUUGCUGGGAGUGGAAAUGAGGAGAACAGGAACAAUGCAUACCCACACAAGGCAGGCUUUGCCCAGCCUUCGGGGCUGUCCCUGGCUCCCGAGGAUCCCUGGAACUGCCUGUUUGUGGCGGACAGCGAGAGCAGCACCGUGCGAACCGUCUCGCUGAAGGACGGAGCAGUGAAGCACCUUGUAGGAGGAGAGAGAGAUCCAUUGAAUUUGUUUGCCUUUGGUGAUGUGGAUGGAGCAGGCAUAAAUGCAAAGCUGCAGCAUCCCUUAGGAGUAACAUGGGACAAGAAAAGAAAGUUGCUCUAUGUGGCAGAUUCUUAUAACCACAAGAUUAAGGUUGUAGAUCCCAAGAUGAAGAACUGUGCUACCCUGGCAGGCACAGGAGAAGCAGGCAAUGUUGUUGGUUCCAGCUUUACACAGUCAACUUUUAAUGAGCCAGGAGGUUUGUGUGUUGAAGACAAUGGCCGCUUGAUGUAUGUUGCAGACACAAAUAAUCAUCAGAUUAAAGUGCUGGACUUGGAAACAAAAAUUCUUUCCAUGUUGCCUAUCCUGAAGCCAGAAGCAUGUGAUGUUCCAGAUAACCUGCCUGUGCAAAAGGAUAAAAUAACAAACCUUCCAAAACUGCCUAAAUCCGCACCAAAUGUUCAACUUCCUGCAGUAACUGUAGCUCCUGGCCAGACAAUUCAGUUUUUACUAAACUUGACUCUUCCUCCAGAUUCAAAACUGAAUGAAGAAGCACCCAAUUCCUGGUUUAUCACAGCAGAAGAUAAUAUGUGGUUGCUUCAAGGACAGUGUCUGAUUGGAGAAAUCAAGGAUGUUUCCUGUCAAACUGUCAUUCCCUUUCAGUUACCCAGGAGCUGUGUGUCAGCCGAAGCUGUCCUGGCUAUCAAAGCGUGCCUCUACUACUGCAGCAAAGGUAGCAGUGCCUGCAUGAUGAAAGGAGUCUCAUUCAGCCAGCCUUUACAGAUAGCUGGUACCAACCAAGGCAGCUCAACUCAAGUUGAACUGAUACACACAUUUUUAACCAACUAACCCAAAGCCAGCUAAUUUCAUACUUCAUUUUGCUAUCCGCCAUUUCUACAGGAUAAAGUACAAAUAGAUAACUUUUCUCUGUUUUUUCCUGAAACUUAUGACAAAGCUAAGAAAUAAUAUACCUGAUCAAAUGAAGUAGAGUUCCCUACAGCUUAAUGGGAAAAUUUAUCAUCACAACCUCAUUUCUUUGCAUUACAGUAGCAGCAAUAACAUUGUAAUACUGUAGACUCUGCUGCCAGUUGUGGACAUAUUGGAUGUCUGCCAAUCUAAGUAAUGAGCAACAAUUUUUAGAGUCCUUUUGAAAGAGCUGGUGUUACUUUGUGAUGUUGCUGUAAGCUCUUUGCACUGUACAUACUGUUAGAGUAGCUAGAUCAUUCUGGACUAACAGUUUGAAAUUCCUUUUGUGCCCUUAUUAAAUUUUAAUAGAAUGUUGGAAGGAAUAGUUUCCUUCUCCAGUCUGUAAAAGAAGUAUCUUGCUUGUUUUUCUGUAAUGACAUUUAUGACACAUGUAUUUUGAAAAUACAUCUUAAACUAGGUGCAGCUCUAAUUUUAUGCAAACUGAGUAACUGCUUUAACUCGAUGUGACCGCCUUAUAUGAAGAGUGUAGGUUCAUGGAAAAUUUUCUGUGAAAGGAAAUGUUCAAGUUUCUGCGGAAGAAUUUCAUGGUGAUUUCUAACAAAGAAUGUGCCUCUCUGCAAAGUGUAUAUAUAUAAAGAGAAAACACCACAAAACCAUGCUGGAGCUUUUCUGAUACAUACCAAUUUACAUUUUAUAGAAGGUGGUAGAUAAUGGUUGAAUAUCUAAACGGCAGAAAUUAAAUGUCAACCAUUUCAAGCAGGGUGAAUCACUUUCCUAUUUUUAUGAUUUCUCUGUAAAGACUUGUGUGAAGUCUUUGGUCUUGAAAAUAUGUAAUAUUGUGAAGAAUAUUAUACUCUUGAAGUCUGAUUCAGAGUCUUUUGAAGUCACUAUUAGUCCCCGGUUUUGUAAUAGUGGCCACUGAACCAGAAUUGUAUAUUUAAUAAUGGAUUAUUUACAUUCAUGUUUAGAGGUUCUGAUCUUUUGCUAAAAAAAUGGUAACCCCUAACCUUUGUGUCAGGUGCUUGAAGCUGUAUUGCAAAACUCUACCUUUGGUGGUUAAAGGUUUUGCAAGUAAAAUUCCCUCAAUUUGCCAUAGUAAGUAGCAGGAAUAGGGGGGAGAGUGUGUGUGUGUGCAAGUUUCUUACUUGAACUAGAAGAGUUUCCACCAUGCCUGAGUGGUAAUUAGGUUAGGCUCUAUUCUCUGGUCAUGAUGAUCAGUGCUGAGAAGAUGAUUUUGUUUUAAGUUUGAAGAUAGUAUUUUUCACAUAUAUAAUAAAGUGCAGUAGUGAAAGAAUUUUUAUACAGUCUUUUCUAAAACAGUCACCAUUAUUCAUGACACUUGUCAGUAAAUCCCCCGUAUCAGUUGUUGUUGCUUUUUCUUACUUAAAGACUGACUGAAAUGUUGGUCACGAACCCAGGAGUAUUGUUUUAAGGGAACCAUCUAGGCUGGUGUGGUUUUUCCUUCCAUUGAAAUGCCAGUCUAUCUGAGAGUUCUUUGUGGUACCAGAAAUGGUUGUUAUCUCACCUGUCAGUAAGGCAAGGGCUGAACUAUUAUUUUUCUUGUGUUUGGUUUUUAAGCAACUUUCUUAAGUCAGUGUUUCAGCCUCUCAAUUCUCACAUGCCAUUUUGAAGAAUGAAAAAGCUUUGCUACUUUGUUCACAGAUUGCAAAUGCUACUGGAAGGAUGAAGAUAAAGAAACUGAUUUGGGCAUGUAUUAUUUUUUACACUUUAGCACAACUCUUUCACAAUUUUUUGUCUGUUUACUUUUGGGUAGAAGCCAGGAAACCUUAGACCAGCUUCUAGAUAGCCCAGAAAUUUUCUGUUGCUCUCUGAAAAAAACAAGCAUUAGUUUCAGAAGUUCAGAAUAAGGAACCAAUUUGUUAGUUAUCUUGAAUGUGUAAUUCAUCAGGUGGAUUUUUUUCUCUCAUUUUGUUGUAUCAUAGAAUGGCCUGGGUUGGAAGGGGACUUAAAGAUCAUGUAGUUCCAACCCCCCCUGCCGUGGAGAC